AUGGCCACCAACAACAUCUCCUCAGACCUAGUCUGGGAACUUGUCCGUAGCAACAACUCCUACCUCGUCAAGCGCAAGGAGUCUGGCGGUAUUCAGUUCUCUCGCGACCCUCUUAACUUGACCAACCUCCACAGCCGCAAGUAUGCUGGAUUCGUGAACACUAAGGCCAUCGGUGUCCAGCCCGCGGAGAAGAACGGCGUCAAGGUCAUCAGCAAGAAGGAGUCAGCUGUUCAGAAGCCGGCUAAGUCUACCACCGAGGUCACCCACAGCGGCGGCCAGGCUACGCGAAAGAUCUACAAGACCGUUGCCAACCAGACUGCCAAGUCCGGUUACCGACCCGACCUCCGUGAGGCUGCCGUCUCCCGCGUCUCUGCCAUCCGCCAGUCCCAGCGGGAACCCAAGCCUACACCCGAGAGGAAGCCCCGAGGCGCCAAGGCCAAGAAGGCUGCUGCCGCCGCGGAGUCAUAA